GAAAAUGUGUAUACAUUUGUUUUUUCAUUUAUAGUUAGUUAAUUAUACAUUUAUAGUUCAAUUAUGUAGAAUAUUAAUGUGUAUUUCUCAAUGUGAUAUUGUCAAAGACAAAGCUAGAUAUGCUACGUGAAAGGUUUUGGUUUUCAGGACGUUUUAUUUUUCUCUGCUGUGCUGCUGUUUUUGCUGUCGUUACAUUACCACCUUUACAUCACUGGCAUUCUUCAAUUAAUGGAGGCUACACAGAAUGGUCAAGCUGGUCGGCUUGCUUUGCUACAUGUGGACCAUCAGUCAUGGGAAGAACAAGAAAUUGUACAAAUCCGCGCCCGUAUGGAUAUGGAGAAUUAUGUGUAGUCAUUGGACCCCACAUUGAAACCACCCAGUGCGAAAUCACUAAGUGUCCAGUCGAUGGAAACUGGGGAUAUUGGACCAAUUGGGGCAACUGUGUACCUUCAUGCAAGGACGGAAGGCAGUCACGAACGCGUCAAUGCGAUAACCCAUCUACUGCUUACGGUGGUAAAACAUGCGAUGGUGAAUCAAAAGAAGAGAGACAGUGUGAUUGGAUGAUACCUUGUCCAAUAGAUGGCGGCCUUAGUGAGUGGGGAGGUUGGAGUGAAUGUAGUGCCAGUUGUAAUUCAGGGCAUCGAACGCGUGAAAGAUUUUGCAAUAACCCUGCGCCAAGGUUUAAUGGCAAAGGUUGUGGUACUGAGCAACUGCAUGAAGUCGUAGGCUGUAAUACGCAACCUUGUGUUGUUACCACAAUUAGCACUAAUAUUACAAGUAAUUUUACUGCUUGAUAAAAAUAUCUUGAUAGCUAUGUGUAUUUAUUACAGAUUAAGGUGAGAUAUUAAUGUUAUAUAUGUUUGCACAAUCUUGUGGACAGUUAACUAAAAAUAUAUUUUAUAACAAAUUUGACUUCUCGAAAUUCGUUAAUAUUUUUUUUUCUAAACUCGAUCGUCAUGGCGUCUGUCGGAACUUGAAAUCUAUAUCUACAAUUUUUGGGUGUAAUCCUGAAUAAUUUUGAAGACAUUUUAGUGUAGUUAUGGAGGAUGUAAUAAGAUGUGGAAAGGUUAAAAAGUUCAGCGCUUUAUUUUCCUGGUGUUACUUUUAUUGUGUGUUUUCUAGUGAAACCUUAAUAUAGGGCAUAACUAUAGAAAUUAGAUUGCUUCAUAUUUUUCAAUCUCAAUUCUUUUUGCAAAAUAUACAUUUUUUAAAUUUAAGGGUAAUGGACAAACAUAUAUAUUGAGUUUUCAGCAGAGGGAAUUCUUACAUACGUUGAGAAUGUAGAUUCGCUGCACCUAUAAACUCAAUAAUAGUUAUCAAAAUAAGAUUUACGCUAGAACAUUCCAUUUGUGGGUGAUAAUAUAGCCUGCAUUGUAUCAGUGGUUGCAUACGCCGGUCUGCAUCGUCUGUUACAAGGAUAAUAAUAAUAUUAAUAAUAAUAAUAAUAAUAAUAAUAAUAAUAAUAAUAAUAAUAAUAAUAAUAAUAAUAAUAAUAAUAAUAAUAAUAAUAAUAAUAAUAAUAAUAAUAAUAAUAAUAAUAAUAUAAUUGCGUUUUUAAUUUUGUUUUAGACUUUUAUAUUUAUUAUUUUUUCCUUAGUUUUCACGAAAGUUUUGUAACAAUCUCUUAAUAUUAUAGAAUUAAGGAACUCCAUCAUCAUAUGCUUAAUUUUUUCUUCAUCGUUUGGUUAGAUUCAGUUAAAUUUGCGCAAUUCGAGGUUAAUUAAUGUCAGAAUUUUUAACUAAAAAUCCUCAAAUUUCAUUAAAACUCAUCAGUUUAUUUUUGUGGGUACCCAAAUGAAAGCUCUUGUAGCGCUCUUCAAUAAACCUUUGACAUUUGGUGCUAUUUUUAAUAAUUUAGAGUGAUGAAAGCCAUUUUAAUAUUUAUGUGGCAUUAUGAAACUAUUUUUAACUUUUUGUACAAUACCUUUAAAUGCACAUGUAUAAGUGGAAUUUUUUAACAUAAGUAGAAUAUAUUAUGUCAAACAUAUGAUCAGACCAAAUUAUAUUAUUUUUGUGUUGCUUUGACAAAAUUUAAAUUGAGUUAUUACCGCAAAAAUCAAAUUUCAACGUUUAACAAUAGUCUUA